UAUAUCUAAAAUACCAACCGUUGCGUGAAGCGCUACAGACGCUUAGCGAGUUCAAAUUACCUUAUGACGGCGUGCAAUCGACAGGAAGCCCUAUCUAUCGCUGCCUGCUGAUGAGGCAUCGCGGGCAUGCCAAAUGACUAUCGCCGUAUCGCCUAUCGCCGUAUCGCCAAUUGUUUCUCUCCGCGAGGCAAAAUCUGGGGUGCGAAUAGCAACCAUUAUGGUACGUGAUAAAAGGAAAAAGAAAAAAAAAGAAGGCGCUCAUUCUAAUCUGCCCUUGUUCGUCUGUCCAGCCGAAGUGUACGAGACCAGAAUAGGCUCGGUGGAUAAGCUACUUUGCUCUCGCGCGACCGAAGGAUUCGUGCCUGGAGACAGCGUCAUGCCGAACGUCUCGCAAGGACGGGUGCAUAGUUUUCGGGACCACGUGGUCGCCGGCGUCAACUGGCGACCGACGCGGUUCGUCGACGAGGUGCCAAAUUCACGUGUAUGCGGCCUGUGCCGGAUGAUUCCAAGGCGGACGGUGCUGUUGCCGUGUUCGCACGCUCUGUGCCAAUCCUGCCACGCAACCACUCUCGAAGGGGGCGUCGGUCGGUGUCCGCUGGAUCAAGUGCAAUUUGAAGAAGCGGAGUACGUCGCUCAUGACUUCCCUACCCCGAAAGCGAACACCUUGAAGGUUUAUUGCUGGAACGAGGACCGUGGCUGCGAAUUUGUGGGCACCAUGAAGGACCUGCUGCGGCACUACGAGAACGAAUGCACCUUCCACACCGUCGAGUGUUUGCGGUGCGGCGGGGGAGUCCUGCACGGAGAUCUUCCAGCGCACUACGCGACCGGACGCACUGGCGGCCUUCCUCCCGAAGUCGCAAGGCAGUCGUGCUCUGAAUCAACAGCACUGACGCAUCGAGACUUGAGCAGAGCCCUCGAAGACCUCAAGUUGCUGCUGUCUAACUCGUACCAGGACGAGCUGCUGCCGGCAGUUCAGUCAGAUGAACGAGCUCACCGAGCAGGUCUGAGGCCAGGAGGCCAAGCUCGCCGAGAUCACGCGCGAGCUCAGGGCACCUAAGCCCAACUUGAAGCUAGGGAUGAACGAAUACGCGAGGUUGGCGAUGUCCUCGGGCGUGUCGGACCAGCUUCCUGCGAGAUGUGCACGAGGGAAACGCGGAGUUGCCACUGCGCACGGAGAAGGCCCUGGCGCUUCGAAAGCUGGAGCGCUUCGCCCACUUGUCGCUCGAGACGCUGGAACACCUGCGUCAAAAUUCCACACACUGCGGUCAGGCGCCAGUGAUUGCGUCUUGCGAGCCUCUCCUGUCUUUCUGGGGUACGUCCCAGAGUUUAACGAAAGUACUGUCCACGGCACCUGUGUUUGGAUAAUCAAUUCCCGGAAUGUGUUAUGCGCUGUGCCUCGAAAACGCUAACGAAAUGUUUCUCUGCAAGGAGGACGACGUAAAGUUUGCCGAGGUUACGGUAUGGCACACGAGGGACACCUACUUUACGGUUGCCGUCUGGAAGCGCUGCGAGCGUGAGGAGAGAGAGAAAGCGAGGAGAGUGAAGGCCGGGAGGUCAACCAGACGAGCGCCCGGUUUGCUCAGUUCUGAAUUCA